AUGAAACCAACAUCUUCAAUGGAGUUCAUAGACACAUCCCUCUUUGAAAGUGGUUCAUUUGAACUCUCAUACAAAAAUCCUACCCAAAAAUGGAUAAUCCGAAAACAUUUUCUUAAACUGUUCAAAGAUUUUCCCUGUUUCAUACCAUCAACUAACAAAUUCGAUCAUUAUGAUGGUACAACUACGAAUCUUCUAAACAUUUCUGGAUUUCUUCACGUCUCUGAUUUUUCACCCGAGGUGCCUCUCAUCAUCUGGCUCCACGAAAAUUACCCUUCCGCCCCUCCUAUGAUCUUUAUCCCAUCAAACCCAGAAUGUCCAGUUUACGAAAACCACCCAUACAUUAACCCGUCUGGUGUUGUUACCCCACCUUACAUACUACAUUGGGACCAAAAAAGGAGCAACUUAUGUGACCUUAUACACAACCUUGAAAACCUCUUUCAACAUGAUCACCCCUCCAUGCCUAUGUCGAAAUCUACCAUCCUAUACGAUCUUGUUGCGAAGAUUUCUACCGAUUUGGCUGCCUUAGAAGUUCAAACUCGAAAGGAUAUCGAGAGAGAGUCCACUAACCAAGCCCAACUGCAAAAAAGAAGAGAUGUUAUAGACGAUUUUGUUACCAUCCUUGAAGUUGAACGCGACAAUCUUAAUAAAAGAGUGGUGGAUUUGAGAGAGUAUAAUGAUAAGUUAUUGGAUUGGUUGAGAAAGAACAAAAAUGGUGCAUCAAUGGCUUGUGUUCAAGUAAUUGGUGACAAGUCAAAGAUGAUUGAUUGUAAGGCUUCUUAUAAGGCUUUAGAUGAUGUUGUGUAUGGGUUGGAUGAGGGUCUUGAACAAGGUGUGAUAAGUUUAGAUGAGUAUAUGAGACAAGUUAGAGUUCUAGCUAGGGAGCAGUUUUUUCAUAUUGCUAUGUUUUUUAAGUUAAGACCAUCUCGUUCUUAA